AUGGAGGAUACUCUCAGGGGCAUGAUGGAUACUCUCAGAGACAUGAAGGAUACUCUCAGAGACAUCACGGAUACUCUCAGACACAUUAAGAAUUCUCUCAGCAUCAUCAAGGAUUCUCUCAGAGAUAUGAAGGAUACUCUACGACCCAUGAAGGAUUCUCUCAGAGACUUAACAGAUACUCUCAGAGACAAGAAGGAUACUCUCAAAGUCAUCACUGAUACUCUUAGCGACAGUAAGGAUACUCUCACAGACAUGAAGGGAGACAUGAAGGAUACUCACGGAGAUUUGAUGGAUACUCUCAGAGUCAUCAACGAUACUCUAAGAGUCAUCAACGAUACUCUCAGAGACAUCAAGGAUACUCUCAGACCUAUCACAGAUGCUCUCCGAGACAUCAAGGAUGAUACUCUCAGAGUCAUGAAGGACACUCUCAGAGAUAUCAAGGGUACUCUCAGACCCAUGAAGGAUACUCUCAGCGACAUGAUGGAUACUCUCAGAGAUAUACUGGACAUUCUCAGAGACAUGAAGGACCCCAUGAAGGAUACUCUGAGAUAUAUUAAGGAUACUCUCAGAGACAUGAAGCAUACUCUCAGACCCAUGAAGGAUACUCUCAGAGACAUGAAGGUUACUCUCAGAGACAGGAAGGGUACUCUCAGAGACAUGAAGGAUACUCUUAGACCUACUCGCAGAGACAUGAAGGAUACUCUUAGACCUACUCGCAGAGACAUGAAGGAUACUCACAUAGAUAUGAAGGAUACUCUCAGAGACAUGACGGCCCCCAUGAAAGAUACUCUCAAAGAUUUCAAUGAUACGCUCAGAGACACGAAUGAUACUCUCAGAGACUUGAAGGAUACUCUCAGAGUCAUCAAUGAUACUCUCAACGACAGAAAGGAUACCGUCAACGACAGAAAGGAUACUCUCAGAAAGGAUACUCUCAACGACAGAAAGGAUACUCUCAACGACAGAAAGGAUACUCUCAACGACAGAAAGGAUACUCUCAACGACAGCAAGGAUACUCUCAGAGACAUCAAGGGUACACUGAGUCCCAUGAAGGAUUCUCUCAGACCCCCAUGA